AUGUCUUUAUUUGAUAACGCGGUCUUCAAUUCUACCCUUUAUGAGGCACUGUAUCUUCAAAUAGAAGAUACUCUGGGCUUCGCGAAAAAUUUCUUUGAAUCGUGCGUGUCAUCUUUGCCGAUCGAAAACUUGCCGAAAACCUUCGUGAAUUUGAGUGAACUAUCGUUUUACGACGAGAUUGCUGAGAGUGUAUGGGAGACGUAUAUCAGAAAGGUUUAUGAGACCGGCUACUUCUGCAACAAUAGAACAACUAAAAGAAAGUGUAUCAAAACU